AUAUGAACUCAACUUUGUAUUAGUCUUACGUGUGAAAGAAAAAAGUAAAUUUUUCAGGAAAAGAAAUAAAUAAUACGCUAAUAUAUUUGUAAAUAUAUGGAAGAUGUUCUGUUAGUACUUUCCACAUUUUCAAAGAUUUGAUAACAAAAUAUCAGGUAAGCAGGUAAACGCAAUUGACCCCAACAACUAAGCUGAUAUCCACGUCAGUCGAGACGAAAUUUAAAAUACAAAACACAACAACCAAAAAGGAAAACAAAAAGUCAGAUACGUACAGCAUCGCCACAAUGAAACUGGGCUUAAUUGCCAUCGCUGCUAUACUGUUGAUUGUACAGACUUCACAAUGGGAAACGGCAACAGCUGAAUUACAAGGGCCGGAGGUAGUUUCGCCAUCCGUUGAUGCAACAGAGAAAUCAUCAUCUAAUAAAGACAAAGAAGAUGGCGAUAGUAGUUCAACAAAUAAGUUGGAUCGGGAGACGCCUGAAAGUGUUGGUAGAGGCGAAGCUUCUGAUGUUCCCAGCAAUUUACGCAAAGCCUCUAAAUAUAUUGACGAUCAAAUGGAAGCCGCAAAGGCGGCAGCACAAAUUGCUGCCAAUAUUCAAGGUUCCGAGGCAGAUGGGAAGAACAAAUUGCUGAAAUUUGCAAUUUUCGAACGUUUAUGGAGUGAAGAAGUCGUGCGUAAGAAACUACAGGAAGAAAUUUUGCUCUUGGAGGCCAGGCAACAACCACAAGAAGUUCUUGAUCCUACACCGGAACAAGUUGAAGCCGAGAGCAUGUACGAAAACGCCAUGGAAAUGUUAUCCAAACCCAACUCGGAUAAACGUGUUGCCUUUACAUUAAUACGCAAAGCAGCAGAAAUGAAGCACAGUAAAGCUCGUGCGGAAUUAGCGUGGGCCAAAGUAUUAGGACAUUACAUGGAUUUCGAUUUUGAAUAUGCAGCAACAGAGUUCGACGAACUGGCUAAAGAAGGUCUGCCUGAAGCAAAUAUGGGCCUUGCUUUCCUCUAUUCGGUUGGUGUGGGUGGCAAAAAUGUCAGUCAACCAUUGGCUUUAAUUCAUCUAACAUUGGCUGCUUUGGGUGAUCAUACAUAUGCUCAAAUGGCAUUAGGCUAUCGUUACUCAUUUGGUAUAAAUGUACCAGCUAGUUGUGAAAAGUCGCUUACCUACUAUAAGAAAGUGGCUAAAAAGGUUGCACAAAAAGUAACAUUUUCCAGCGGCCCUUUGGUGCAUCGUGUCAGAUUGUUGGAUGAAUUGGAAAAUCCAGGAAGUCAAGAAACGGAAAUUGUUGACUACUAUCAGUUGUUGGCCGACAAGGGUGAUGUUCAGUCACAAGUUGGAUUGGGUCAACUAUAUUAUCAGGGUGGCAAAGCUAUACAACAAGACCAUCAAAAAGCUUUGGAGUAUUUUACAUUAGCUGCUAAUGCGGGCAAUGCGAUUGGUUAUGCCUUUUUGGGCAAACUUUAUCUUGAAGGCAGUGAACAUAUCAAAGCAGAUAAUGAAACAGCAUUUAAGUAUUUCUCUAAGGCUGCCAAUUUGGGUGAUCCCGUGGGCCAAAGUGGUUUGGGUUUAAUGUAUCUUAAAGGUUUGGGUGUACCCAAAGAUCCGCUGAAGGCUUUAAACUACUUCACAAUGGCUGCCGAUCAAGGAUGGGUAGAUGGUCAAUUAAUGUUGGGAAAUAUGUACUUUACCGGAAAUGGUGUGAAAGCCGACUUUAAAUUGGCUCUUAAGUAUUUUAACUUGGCUUCACAGUCCGGUCAUGUCUUAGCGUAUUAUAAUCUAGGUUUUAUGCAUGCCUAUGGCAUUGGUAUGCUGCGCUCUUGUCCAGCUGCUGUAGAGUUCUUCAAAAAUGUUGCUGAACGCGGCCGUUGGAGCACUAAUUUGAUGCAUGCUUAUUCAGAUUAUAAAAACUAUCGCAUCAAUGAGGCCUACAUGCAAUAUGCCUUAUUGGCGGAACUAGGCUAUGAAGUUGCUCAAUCAAACGCCGCCUUCCUACUGGAUCGUGGUGACGUUUCCAUAUUCCAUGAUCGCAAUGAAGAACUGAUUAGAGCGUUUUACUAUUGGAAACGUGCUGCAUCACAGGGCUACUCAGCGGCCCAAGUUAAAUUGGGAGACUAUUACUAUUAUGGUUGGGGCACAAAUGUAGAUUUUGAAACCGCGGCUGCUCUGUAUCGCAAAGCAUCCGAACAACAAUAUAACGCACAAGCAAUGUUUAAUUUAGGUUAUAUGCAUGAAAAAGGUCUGGGAAUGAAAAAGGACUGGCAUUUGGCCAAGCGUCUCUAUGACUUGGCAGCCGUAACAAAUGCAGAUGCUAAAGUUCCGGUGGCUAUAGCGCUGUUGAAACUGCAAUUGUUGGCCAAAAUGGAGUCGAUAAAAGAGUCUCCUUAUAAGUUCAUAUUUUACUUGGAUGAAAAUAUAGCCGCAAACUGGGAUUUAUAUAUGAUUACUAUUUUAACAUUGUUGCUUGGAUUUAUAAUGUAUACCCGACGUACUCAUGAACAACGCCAACAAAAUCAAGCAGACAACAACCAAGCUCAAGCUCAACCGGAUGCAAAUGCUAAUCCAGUUAAUAAUGAAAAUAUUGUGCCAAAUGGUGCAAAUGACAAUGAGAUCGCAACUACUGCAUCAGUUACUACAACAGACACAGCCGUAGCCAGCUCUGCAACAACUUCAACAAGUUCUUCAACGUUAAACACAACAACAUCAAGUUCUACACCUUUAUCUACAACGGCGUCAUCAACGACGACCACAACGACAACUAACACAUCCCCGAAAGCAACAGCAUCAUUACCCUCAGCUUCUUCGAACUCCACCGCUGAUCCCACGGAGUAGUAGUGAUAAUUUUUGUUUUAAUAUUUGUAUUUACUCUUAACAUAAUUUUUUCAAAUUGCAAACACAAUAAAUAACAACAGAUCCCUCAUGUUAAAUAGGUAA